CAUAGUACAUGCAAUCCCUAACUUAAUUUUUCCUUCAUUUCGUUUAGAAGCUUGAGUUCAUUUUUGAAGUUCUUAUCGUUGUCGUGCAAAGACUAUGGAGAGCAGAGAAAAGGAACCAGAGGUGGGGGAAGGGAGAAGAGAAGAUCGGAGCAGAAGUGAGGAGGCAGUACCUGAACCACUAGAAAUAGCAGAAUGGGAACCUUAGGCCAAGCUUUCUACGCCGUCGGAUUUUGGAUCCGAGAGACCGGCCAAGCUAUCGAUCGCCUUGGCUCUCACCUCCAAGGCAACUACCUCUUCCAAGAACAGCUCUCUAGACAUCGACCUCUGAUGAAUCUCUUCGACAAAUAUUCCUCCAUUCACAAGGAUGCAUUUGUGGCCCGCAGCGCCUCCCUCCUCGGCGAUGUUCACGAUGGCCCAGCUUCCUCCAUUUGGUAUGGGUGUGUUCUCAGAGUUUUUGUUGGGAUAGCUUGUCCUGCACUUUCAAAAGUUCCCCAUGUGCUAGUCAUUCACGGAGAAAGUAAUGGAAGGGUGGAGUGCAUAAAGAUUGUCAGAUACACUGUACAUCAGGAUACAUAAAGCUAUUUGCAUUAU